AUGGAGUACAAACUCCUGAAGACCGAGGUACACGAGCUGCAGGACGGAUCCCCUGGCCACGACAACGAGGCCAUCCUUGCAAAGCUCAUGUCACUCGAGGUCACCGAUGUCCGUCAUCUCUCUCAGAUGCCCGGCUUCAGAAAUCUCUGCAAACGCCGAAUGAGACUGAUGUGGACGUCCCCCAAAGAGGGCGAAACGGAGUACUGCCCUUGUGUCGGCAACCGCACCAUUGAGGCUGCCCAGCAGCACAUUCUCACCUGGGCCGCUGCCGCUCAUGUCGCGGUUCAUGCUUGUCAACGCAUGCGCGAGAAGUUCGAUGAUGGCGUCGACUCCAACUGA